AUGGCGCUGGAUACAUCCAGCGGAUAUGCCGCUCACAGCAGCCUGAUUGAACCAGAUCCGCUUCCUAUGUUCGACGUCAGGCAUGUCCAGCUUCAGUUCCCUCUCGCUGCCGACUUUGUGGCCGCGCAGGUAGCCGACAAUGUACUUAUUCUGGCACUAUCGACUGGGCGCAUUUUGCGGAUCGACUUGAACAACCCUGAGCAUAUUGACGAUGUUGAUCUUCCGAAGAAGUCUUCAGAAACGGGUGUUAUACGUCGGAUGUUCUUAGACCCUUCCGCUUCCCAUCUCAUAAUCACCACGACCCUGGGUGAGAACUACUACCUCCACACGCAGUCAAGACAUCCAAAGCCUUUAUCGCGCCUCAAAGGACUUCUCAUCGAGAGUGUCGCAUGGAGUCCCUCCCUUCCGACAGCAUCUACCCGAGAGAUAUUAUUAGGCACGACUGAUGGCCAGGUCUGGGAAACGUAUAUUGAGCCAUCUACUGAGUUCUACCGCCGCGAGGAGAGAUAUGCCAGCUCGAUAUACAGAACGUCGGAUGGGUCUCCAGUGACGGGUAUAUGGGCGGAGACGGUGCCGACAAAAGCAGAACAAAGACGGAUAUUGGUGGCUACGCAUGGCAAACUAUCGUGUUUCUUGGGGCGAACCGGUAGAUCCGGUAAAGAAGGUGCGGGUCCUAUAUACGCCGACCUGCUUUCACGAGAAACUCCCGUUAUCCACGAGAUUGGACAGCCGUCUAGUUCCGCGCCGUCAAAUUUGGUUGUUUCGCCAUCUAGCUCGGAUGCUCACCAUCUAGAUGGUCAUCGUGACAAAGAGUUUGCAUGGCUUAGUUCUGAAGGUGUAUACCAUGGACAACUUCCAUAUUCAUUAGACAUGUUGCACAAGCCCUUCGAGAGCUCAAGUAUGCUUCCGCGGUCUAUUUUCCCGGCAACCGAAUCCGCAAGAGGAGGCAAGAAGCUGAUUCAGAACCCACUAACCGCCAUGACGUUAUCAGAGUGGCACAUACUAGUCCUGGUAGAAGGGCGAGUGCUUGCUGUCAAUCGCAUGAACGAUGAAAUUGUAUUUGAUCAAGAGGUCCUGGAGCCAGGCCAAGCUGCUCUGGGUCUUGUGACAGACGCAAUGAAAGGCACUUACUGGCUUUUCACCAGUCAGGACAUUUUUGAGAUAUGUGUCCAGGAUGAGGACCGAGACGUGUGGAAAAUCUUCUUGCGCAAGCAAAAGUUUGAGGAGGCUCUUCGAUAUGCCCGUACAAGCUCCCAGAAAGAUGCUGUUUCUACUGCUUCCGGCGAUUUCCUCGCGAGCAAAGGUCGCUAUAUAGAAGCCGCCGGGGUUUGGGGCAAGAGCAGUAAAGCAUUUGAAGAUGUGUGUCUAACACUCAUCAAGCGUGGCCAGCACGACGCCCUACGAAAGUACCUGCUUUCGCAGCUCUCGGUUUAUAAAAAGUCCUCCUCGAUGCAAAGGACCAUGGUGGCAAGUUGGCUUAUAGAAGUCUUUAUGACCAAGCUGAAUAGUCUUGACGACAAUAUCACAACGAAAGCGGAACUUGCCGAGGGGUCAAGCACUGAAGAGAUCGAGCACGAACUGCAGGCCGUUCGAAAUGAGUUUCAAGAGUUUGUGACCAAAUACAAGUCUGACCUGGAUCAGAAGACAGCAUACGACAUCAUCAGCAGUCAUGGACGUGAGAAGGAAUUGUUAUUCUUUGCCACUGUGGUAAACGAUCACAACUACGUUCUGUCGUACUGGAUCCAACGGGAAAACUGGUCCGAAGCGCUCAAUGUGCUGCAGAGGCAGAGUGACCCUGAAGUGUUCUACAAACACAGCAGUGUCUUGAUGACUCACGCAGCGACCGGACUAGUCAACAUCUUGAUGCGACAGACCAACCUUGAGCCCGAGAAGCUCAUACCUGCGUUGCUCAACUAUAACAGCACAGUGAGCGUGCCGCUGAGUCAAAACCAAGCGGUGCGUUAUCUUAACUUUAUCAUCGUCAACCACCCUAGACCCACGGCUGCAGUGCAUAACACGCUCAUAUCAAUUCAUGCUUCAAGCCGCUCGUCCUCUGAAGCUGGACUUCUUACAUACCUUCAGUCACAGCCAUCAUCCCCGCCUCCAUAUGAUGCCGACUUUGCGCUUCGCCUUUGCAUACAACACCAGCGGUUCCAGUCAUGUAUCCAUAUUUACAGCGCUAUGGGACAGUAUCUCCAGGCUGUUGAGCUGGCUUUACAGCACGAUGACAUUGAGCUGGCGGCCAUCAUUGCUGACCGACCAGAAGGAAACAAUAAGCUACGGAAGAAGCUUUGGCUCUUGGUUGCGGAGAAAAAAAUCCGGCAAUCAGACACAGGCAUCAAAGACGCUAUCGAGUUUCUUCGUAGAUGCGAGCUGCUUCGGAUUGAGGAUCUCAUCCCAUUUUUCCCGGACUUCGUUGUCAUUGACGACUUCAAAGAUGAAAUCUGCAGUGCCCUAGAGGACUACUCCCGGCACAUUGAUGCGCUCCGACAGGAGAUGGACAGCUCGGCCCAAACCGCGCGCCAGAUCCGGUCGGAAAUCGCCGCCCUCGACACACGGUACGCGAUUGUUGAGCCUGGCGAGAAGUGCUGGACUUGCUCGCUUCCAGUACUUAGCCGGCAGUUCUUCGUUUUCCCAUGUCAGCACGCGUUCCACAGCGAUUGCCUAGGUCGUGAGGUGCUCGAGGGCGCCGGAGGGAAGAAGAAGUAUAUACGAGAUCUACAGUCUCAGCUGAAUGAAGGCGCACUCACCUCGUCCCAGCGUGAGGAGGUUGUGAAGGAACUGGACGGGUUGAUAGCGGAAGCUUGUAUCCUAUGCGGUGACCACGCGAUCAAACAAAUCGACAAGCCUUUCAUAACUGCAACCGACAAUGUCGAUGAAUGGUGCCUCUAA